GCAUAGAGAUCUAUGAGAACAGCACCACCAGGGAGGUAUCAGCCGGGACAGAGAGCAGAUAUUAAUGUUUAUCAUCUAGUCUCUGCUCCACCAUCUACCGGAGUCAGCAGGCGGAGUCAUGCGGCGGAGCAAGGUGGAGGUGGACCGCUACGUCUCCUCCGUCCAGAGCUCCUCUCCGUCCCUCAAAGAGAAGCCAGUCAAGGGGUUUUUAUUCGCUAAAUUGUACUUCGAGGCAAAAGAAUAUGAACUUGCAAAAAGACAUGUAUCAGAGUAUCUCAAAGUCCAGGAGAGAGAUCCCAAAGCACACAAGUUCCUGGGACAGCUCUACGAGAAGGAGGGAGACGUCAACAAGGCCGUAGGGUGUUAUAAGCGGUCGGUGGACCUGAACCCGGCCCAGAGGGACCUGGUCCUGAAGGUGGCUGAGCUCCUGGUCGGUAAGCAGGAAUGUGACAGCAGAGCAGAGUUCUGGGUGGAGAAAGCUGCCAAGCUGCUGCCAGGAAACCCUGCAGUCUUCAACCUGAAGGAACGCUUGUUGAGUCGGCAGGGUCAGCCGGGGUGGAACCGGCUGUUCGACCUGCUGCAGGCCGAGCUGGCAGCCAGACCAGCAGACGCCCACGUCAACGUGAAGCUGGUUCAGCUCUUCUGUCAGGACGGACGGCUGGAUGAAGCUGUUAAACACUGUCUGGCUGCUGAGAAGAGAGGCGUCCUGACCAGCAGCCUGGACUGGUACACAGUGGUGGUCCACACACUGAAGGAGUAUCUGUCUCAGCCCAGCGUCUCCAGUAAUGAGAAGAUGUGUCGGCGUCUCCAGAGAGAGCUGCUGUUGGCUCACUGCAGCCUGCUGAGGAUCUCUCUGUCUGAGAGCAACAUGCAGCCCAGCCUCCAGGCUCUCACAGGUUUUGACCAGGCUAUGCAGACACUGAGCAGCGUUGCUGGUCGCCAUAGUGACGACCUGUGUGAGGUGUUUGUGGAGAUGAGAGGUCACCUCUACCUGCAUGCUGCCACUCUGCUGCUGAAGCUGGCUCAGGACCACCAGCACACCUGGAGGGCCGUCAUCGACCUGGCUGCUCUCUGCUACCUGCUGGCCUACCAGACGCCCAGACCGAAGCCCAAAGUGACUAAACGCGAUCAGUCGGCUCCACAGCUGCUGGAGCUGCUGGCCAACGACAGACAGAGUCAGGCCGGCCACAUGUUGCUCAACCUGAGCAACGACUCGUCCACGUUGAUCAGAGAGGUGGUGGAGGCGUUUGGAAACCCUCGUGGUCAGGACUCUCUGUUUGAGCUCCUGUUUGGACCUCAGGCCUCAGCUGGAUCCUCCUUUAUUGCCAAUGAUGACAUUCGUUCCAUUAACACCACGGCUCCAGAGCCAAAUCAACUCGCCAAAUGGGAUGCAGGCUCGGUCCUGCUGCAUGCUGGGGACCUGCAGCAUCUGAGCUGGUUGGGUCUGCAGUGGACCCUCCUGGCCCAGAGACCCGCCAUGAGGGACUGGCUGCAGCAGCUCUUCCCUCGACUCACUCUGGAAACCUCCAAGCUGGACACCAACGCACCAGAGUCCAUCUGCCUGCUGGACCUGGAGGUGUUUCUGUACGGCGUGGUGUUCUGCAGCCACUGCCAGCUGCAGGAGACGGCUAAGAUCGGCAGCGGAGUGAACCAGCAGCAGCUGUACGAGCCUCGCUGCCUCCCUCUCCCUCUGCUGCGCCUCCUCACCACCGACAGGCAGAGGGAGUGGUGGGACGCCAUCUACAGCCUCAUUCAUAAACGAGCAGUCCCCGGCAUGUCGGCCAAACUCAGGAUGAUUGUGCAGCAUGGACUAAACACUCUGAGAGCCGGAGAGAAACACGGACUCCAACCAGCGCUGGUCAUCCACUGGGCCCAGUGUCUCAGCCAGACGGGCGAUGGAGUGAACUCCUACUACGACCAGAAGGAGUACGUCGGCCGCAGUGUCCAUUACUGGAAUGUUGUGCUUCCACUGUUGGAAAAGAUCAGAAACAGACGCAGUAUACCAGAACCACUGGAGCCCCUCUUCAUACACUUUCCUUCUAAAGAUGUUCAGACUUCUGCUGUGAAGGGUUAUGAAGACGAAGCCAAGAUCGCCUAUGCAGUUCUUCUUGACAUUGAAGGCAAAACAGAAGAGGCCAUUGCUUCCUUGGAAACCAUCAAUAACAUGUCGUCCAUCUGGCAGUUGGCACAGAUCUACCAGCGGCUAUCAGAGGAGGCCAGCAAUGGGGUUGAAGAAACCCAAGACCGAUGCAUCACUUUUCUGAGAAAGUUUAGAACCUACCUGUCUAAGAUCUACAAUGCUAAUGCAGACGACAUUGAGAAGCUGCCUGUCUCCAUGGAGGAAGUUGUGGACCUCCUGAAUGAUGUGAACCAGCAGCUGGGUGAGAGUGGGGAGGCCAUGGAUGAAGAGGAAGAGAAAGAGGAGGAGGGUCGAAGAGGACCAACCCACUCCAGCCCUGCUCACCCCACAGAAACCUCUGCCACCAUAUCCCACAUCAAAUUCUCCAGUCCCUCCCCUAACAAAAGCAUCAUCUCUCCUUCCAAAAGGCACCUGAUUUCUCCCAAGACACCACCUCACUGGGUGGAGGACCAGAAAAGUCUCCUUCAGAUGCUGUGUCAGCAGGUUGAAGCUCUCAAGAAUGAGGUUCAUGAUCUGAGACACAACUCUUCAGGGAAUGCAGGCUCCCCUCACCACAAGAUGUACGGGGAGAGCUAUGGAGCCGAGGGCCUCCAGGAGCCUUUUACCCCAGUCCAGUCCUACCAUGGGGCCCCACUAACCGUUGCUACCACAACCCCGUCUGUGUACUACAACCAGUCUCCAGCUUAUAACUCUCAGUAUCUCCUGCGCACAGCAGCAAAUGUGACCCCCACUAAGGGCCCAAUGUAUGGUAUGAACCGUAUGCCACCUCAGCAGCAUAUGUAUGCCUACCAGCCACCCACUCAUACUCCACCAUUGCAGACAGCCCCAGCCUGCAUUUACCCUCCUCAAGAACAGGUCUUUGGUGCCCCUCUGCGGUUUGAAUCACAAGCCACGAGCCUUCUUUCCCCAUAUAGUGAGGAAUAUUAUGGGCAGAGUGUAACCCCACAAACCACUAACCCUCCCCUGCCUGAACCUGGCUACUUCACAAAGCCAACAGUAGUCCCUGUCCAGCCUCCAAAGGGCAUUGAGGGGAAGCCCAUGGACUUUGGGAAGCUCUCCUUCAGCCAGCAGGCACCUGCUGAAGUCCCCAAAGUGCCUUCUUUUGGAGCAGGGGCAGUUGCCCAGUCAACGCCUUCAGCUGCUUUUAAAUUCAACUCCAACUUUAAAUCCAACGAUGGAGAUUUCACUUUCCCGCCUUCUCAGUCCAAGCCCAGUGAAAGUCUGCUUGGUCUUCUCACGUCAGACAUUCCCUCAAAAACAGAUGCUGCAGAAAAGCCUUCAGCUCAGGAGCAGCCCCCCAGCCAAUCUGGCAUCUUCACCUUCGGCAAAAAUGUUACUGGCUUCUCGUUUACUGACUCUGCACAGAGCACAGGCACGAGCCUUUUCGGAAAUGCGGAGCAGCCGUUUAAAUUUGGAGAUGUUCCCAAGCCAGCAUUUGGGGUUGCCACGUCGACAGCAGAAGAGGAAAGAGCAGCAGAGAGCGACAAUGACAGCACUCAUGUUGACGAGGAUGAAGAUGGUCCUCAUUUUGAACCCAUUGUACCACUUCCAGAUAAAGUAGAUGUCAAAACGGGCGAGGAGGAAGAGGAAGAAAUGUUUUGCAACAGGGCAAAACUGUUUCGAUUUGAUGUAGACACUAAAGAGUGGAAGGAGCGGGGCAUUGGCAGCGUUAAAAUCCUAAAACACAGCGCCAAAGGGAAGGUCCGUCUCCUUAUGAGAAGGGAACAGGUCCUUAAGAUCUGUGCAAACCAUUACAUCAAUGCUGAAAUGCUCCUGAAACCGAAUGCUGGCUCUGACAAAUCAUGGGUGUGGAAUGCCAUCGAUUAUGCUGAUGAAGAACCUAAGCCUGAACAGCUGGCCAUCCGCUUCAAAACGGCAGAUGAGGCAUCGCUUUUCAAAGCUAAGUUUGAGGAAGCCCAAAAAAUUGUUCUCAAAUCAGCAGAAAAGCAUGAUCAACCACAGAAGAAAGAGGAAAGCUCAAAAGGUUCCGAAUCACUGGCAGCCAUGUUUGCACUUAAAGAUGGGGAGUGGGAAUGCACUAUCUGCUAUGUAAGAAAUAAACCCACGGACAUGCGAUGUGCCGCUUGUCAGACUGCCAAUCCCAAUGCUUCCUCCAAGCCAGACACUCAGGCUGCUGGUGACACCAAAGCCAGUCCCUUCACUUUCAAAUUUGGGACUGAUUCAUCAAAACCCAGCAGUUCUGCCUCUCCAUUUUCUGGAUUUGGUGCUUUUGGAGCGUCUAUACCCUCCUCAUUUACAUUUGGUACCAGCUCCUCAAAACCUGCUGACACAGCAACCAGCGGGUUUGGUUCUGGCUUUGCAGCUCAGUUUGGCAAAAAGCCAGGGCAGUGGGACUGUGAUUGCUGCGAAGUAAGAAAUGAGGCAUCUGCAGACUGUUGUGUUUCUUGUAAAACUGUCAAAGCCACACCGAAAACUAGUGUGACAGCACAAACGGCACCAGCUGCAGAUGAACCAGAUAGUUCCUCUAUAUCUGCUCUUGGCUCUGGGUUUGGUGCCCAGUUCAGCAAGAAGCCAGGGCAGUGGGACUGUGAUGUGUGCGCAGUAAGAAAUGAAGCCUCUAAGGACAGUUGCGUCGCCUGUAAAACCCCCAAUCCUGCUGCUAAAUCAACAGAGGCGCCUCCAGUAACACCGAUUCUGCCAGCGAUGCCAGGAUUUGGGGCUGCUUUUGAAAAGAAGGAUGGGCAGUGGGACUGCGACACCUGCCUAGUCAGAAAUGAGGCAUCUGCUUCUAAAUGCGUUUCCUGCAGUGCACCACAUGCUGCGUCUUCUAUAGAAGCCAUGUUUGCCAAGAAGACUGGGGAAUGGGAUUGUGACGUUUGUCUGGUGAGAAACGAAUCCUCUGCUGAUAAGUGUGCAGCCUGUCAGACCCCAAAUCCAAAUGCUAAAAGCACCACCAGCACUGCUCCCUCAGCCUCCACGUUCAGCUUUAAAUUUGGAAGCAAUAGUUCAUCAAGCCAGCCUGCUGGAACUGGUUUUACAAUGCCUUUUGCAACUGACAGCACUUUUCAGUUUGGUCAAAACAAAGAAAAAAGCUCAGCUGCUUCUUUUAAGUUUGAAGCUCCUCCGUCUGGAUCUGGUAGCACAAGCGCUUCAGGCUUCUCUUUCUCAAUGCCCUUUUCAUCUGAUGGCUUCAAGUUUGGCAUCCAGGACUCUGCAAAAGAAACUCCCUCAACUGAUAAUCAAACACCUCCAUCAGGGUCAGCCUCUAGUUUUUUGAAAAGCAUAGCUGAAAAACACAAAGAGAAAGAAGAUGGGCCUGUGCCCUCAGAGAGCCAAGUGGAGCAAGAUCAAAAUCCAUUAAUUGCUGGAAAAACCAGUUCAUUCGGUUUUGCAGAGUUGGCACAAUCCUCUGGAGGAGACUUCCAGUUUGGCCAGAGUGACCCCGAUUUUAAAGGUUUCUCUGGGGCUGGUCAGCAGUUGUUCUCAACCCCCACCAAGGCAGAUCCCACGAAUGAGCUGGAGGACGACGACAUGUAUAAAACGGAGGAAAAUGACGACAUUCAGUUUGAACCAGUGGUACAGAUGCCUGAUAGGGUGGACCUGGUGACGGGGGAGGAGGAUGAACAAGUUCUUUAUUCUCAGCGUGUCAAACUGUUCAGAUUUGACUUGGACACCAGUCAGUGGAAAGAACGUGGUGUAGGAGUCCUAAAAUUCCUGAAAAACAAUGAUAACGGCAGGCUAAGGGUUCUGAUGAGAAGAGAACAAGUUCUGAAGGUGUGCGCCAACCACUGGAUCACCACCACCAUGAAUCUGAAGCCCCUGGCAGGCUCAGACAAAGCAUGGAUGUGGAUGGCCAACGACUUCUCUGAUGGAGAUGCUAAACUUGAACAGCUGGCUGCUAAGUUUAAAACCCCAGAGCUUGCUGAGGAGUUCAAGGAGAAAUUUGAAGAGUGUCAGAGACUUCUUUUGGACAUCCCCCUACAAACUCCCCACAAGCUUGUUGACACGGGCAGAACGGCACACCUCAUCAAGAAAGCAGAGGAAAUGAAGUCUGGUUUGAAAGACCUGAAAUCCUUUUUGACAGACGAGAAAACGAAGAUCAAAGAUGAUGACGGCCAGGGAGACAUCACAACCUCCAGCAAUGUUUCAAACCUUGUAAUCAAGCCUCAUGGUGAAACCACCGGCCCCACCUUGGAGUGGGAUAACUACGAUCUUAGAGAAGAGGCUUUAGAGGAUACAGCAGACUCCUCAGUCUAUGCCUCUCCUCUUGCCAGCAGCCCCCUGAGAAAAAACCUUUUCCGCUUUGGAGAAUCCACAGGCGGAUUCAACUUCAGCUUCCAACCUGGGAUCAGCCCCUCCAAGUCUCCGGCUAAGCUCAACCAGAGCAGAGCCUCAGUGGGUACUGACGAUGAGCAGGAUGUGACCCAGGAUGAGGAGAGGGAUGGCCAGUACUUUGAACCUGUGGUCCCCUUGCCUGAUCUGGUGGACGUCUCAACAGGAGAGGAAAAUGAGCAGGUGGUCUUCAGUCACAGGGCCAAACUGUAUCGCUACGAUAAGGAACUGGGUCAGUGGAAGGAGAGGGGUAUCGGAGACCUCAAGGUCUUGCAGAAUUAUGACACCAAACGAGUGAGAUUAAUAAUGAGGAGAGACCAGGUCCUUAAGAUCUGUGCCAACCACAGGAUCACAGUAGCCAUGAAGCUGGAACCUAUGAAGGGUGCGGAGAAGGCCUGGGUCUGGAGUGCCUUAGACUUUUCUGAAGUAGGAGAGGGUCAAAUUGAGCAGUUGGCUGUGAGAUUUAAGCUGCAGGAAACUGCAAACGCUUUCAAACAGGUAUUUGAAGAUGCCAAGAUUGCCCAAGAAAAAGAGGAACUCAUGACCCAAGUGACACCCAGGGUUUCCACACCUCAAGACAGUGGACCUGCAGCAUCUGAACAGACUGUUCCAGCUGUGUGUGGGAAGGCAGCCAUCGCUGUUCUAGAAGAGACCACAAAGGAACGUACAGAGCUUCCCCCUGAUAGUCAGCCAUGUGCAGCUGGGUCUCCAAGUCCAGCCAACCCCUCAAAGACAGUGGUCUCACCCCCGAAGUUUGUCUUUGGCACUCAAAGUCUGCAGAAGAUUUUUGGCUCUAUUAAAUUUCACUCUGAGACGGAGGAGUCUGCAUCUGGUUUGAAGGCCAAAGAUUCAGGACGUCCUGCCGAGGCUUCACCUGCAGCACCUGCAUUCAGAAUCCCAGAAAAAGGUUCCCCUCAGGCAGCAGGAGGCAGUGCCGGGUCAGAGGAGGACUCGGAGGUGGAGGUUGUGUAUGUCAGGGAACCCACCGCUGAACAGGCAGCUUUAGCCAGACAACUCCAGCUGCCUCUCACCUUCUUCUGCUACCAGAAUGAACCAGGAUACACCAGCGACGACCAAACUGAUGAUGAAGACUUUGAGUCAGCAGUGAAAGCCUUGAAUGGAAAGCUCUACCCUGACCCUCCAGAGCAGAAGGCUGCAGCAUGUGCUGAUGAGCCGGACUGCCAGGUGGUUUGGGAGAAGAAGCCGACGCCGGAGGAGGAAGAGAAGGCCAAAAGUCUCCAGCUCCCACCCCACUUCUUCUGCGGCCUGAGCACCACAGACAGCGACACAGACCACGACAAGCCUGAAGACUUUGAGACAGAAGUCCGCAAGGCACAACAAGACCUGGAUGCCCAGUUAAAUGAAGCUGAAAGGGCCUCCAGUAGUCCUGCUGUGGCCCCAGAAGAAGAACCGACGUCAGGCCCGUCAACCAGCAGCCCAGAAGCUGCAGGAAGCUCAGAAGCUGCAGGAAUCCCAGAAGCUGCAGGAAUCCCAGAAGCUGCAGGAAUCCCAGAAGCUGCAGGAAGCUCAGAAGCUGCAGGAAGCACAUCUACGCUGCAGACUUCCUCUGACCAGACAUCUGUCCAGACCUCAGAGCAGCCAACAGAGUCUCAGACAGAAGCAGCUACCAGCAGCUCUCCCAUUGACCUGUCGACUAAGAAAAGCCCAGAGCCAGAGUCCAACAUGGGGACUUUAGCUGCAGCUCCUCCUGCUACAACAGCUGGUCCAGACUCCUCCAACUUUGGCUUCAACGCAUUCGGAGGCUCCACUUUUGCAGAAUUGUCCCAAAACACAGAUAAAUUUGCCUUUGGAUCUCAAGAUUCAAACUUCUCCUGGGCGAAUGCUGGAGCGACAGUCUUUGGGACCAGUAUGACGUCGGCCCCCAAACCCGCCGGUGGCGAGGAGGGCAGCGAUGAAGAGGACACGUCGAAUAAUGUGGACAUUCACUUUGAGCCAAUAGUGUCACUGCCAGAGGUGGAGACCAAGUCUGGCGAGGAGGACGAGGAGAUCCUGUUCAAGGAGCGGGCCAAGCUGUACCGGUGGGACCGGGACCUGGGCCAGUGGAAGGAGCGCGGCAUCGGGGACCUCAAGAUCCUCUUCCACCCCACCAAACGCUUCUACCGGAUCCUGAUGAGAAGAGAGCAGGUGCUGAGGGUUUGUGCCAACCACACCAUCACACAGCUGAUGGACCUGAAACCCAUGAACACGUCGGCCAACGCGCUGGUCUGGACCGCCACCGACUACUCAGACGGUGACGGCGUCGUGGAGCAGCUCGCGGCCAAGUUUAAAACUGCCGACAUCGCAGAAUCCUUCCAGAAGACGUUCUGCGAGUGUCAGAGCCGCUCGGGCCAGAGCGAAGGAGACGACUCGGGUAUCACCUCCCCUCAGAUGUCCAGAGUCCAGGAGCACUCCCGGGACUCCAACCCUCAGGUGUUCCUCAGGGUGGCGGCCGACGGAGAACCUCUGGGCACCGUCACCAUCGAGCUGUUCUCCCACCUGGUCCCCAAGACGGCGGAGAACUUCAGAGCGCUCUGCACCGGAGAGAACGGCUUCGGGCUCCGAGACUCCAUCUUCCACAGAGUCAUCCCCAACUUCAUGUGUCAGGGCGGUGACAUCACCAACGGCGACGGCACCGGGGGAAAGUCCAUCUACGGCAGCAAGUUCGAGGAUGAGAACUUUGACGUUCGGCACACGGGCCCCGGCAUCCUCUCCAUGGCCAACCGGGGACGGGACACCAACAACUCCCAGUUCUUCAUCACCCUGAAGAAAGCCGAACACCUGGACUUCAAACACGUGGCGUUCGGCUGGGUGAAGGACGGCGUGGAGGUGCUGCUGAGGAUGGGAGAGCUCGGCACCAAGGAGGGAAAACCAGCCAAGAAGCUCCUCAUCACAGACUGCGGACAGCUGUAGCUUUUAAAGUUAACACCAAGAUGGACUGAAUCAUAGUCAUUAGAGAAUAAACACUGAUCACAAGACUACUGAGCAAGACUCUUCAUGGUAGAAACUCUGGCCUGAAGUCAGAAAUGAUUUUCUAUGAUGAUCACAGUGGGAACCAUGGUGUCGGUCUGUGGGAGGUCACAUGAUCACAGUGGGAACCAUGGUGUCGGUCUGUGGGAGGUUAACUUCUGCUCUGUUGCACUUGCAUCUUUGUCAUCGUCUGUCAAUAAAUUCCCGUCGUGUUUAUUUUGUGUGUAUAAUUGUAAAUGGGCUACUUUUUUAAUGUUGUUUUUUUGUUCUUUUGUCUUGCAUGUGUUCAAUUUGAAUGUGCUGGUCCAAUUCAGAAGCUCCACUUGGGUCAUUUUUCCCUUUUUGAGGAAGUCUUAACUAUAUUGGAAGGUUAUUUGUAUACAUCUUUUGGUUUGUAACUGCCUACUCUCCUAAUGCCCCCCCCCACUCAUUCUUUUUCUUUCUAAGUGGAUUUCACAAUGUGCAGAUGAUUGGAUUCACACUUGCCCACAUUAACUUGAUGUCAGUGUGUUGCCGUGUGGACGUUUGAUGACUUUACAUCUGGUUUGGAUUUUACAAAGGUGAUUCAUUAUAGUUUGAGAUAAUCACAACGUUCAAGUUGGUGCUUGUUGUACCAAAUAUGCUGAUAAAUGAGAAAUAAAGUUGCUUUAUGAGUAA